AGAGGUCGCCACUAGCCUUAACCUCACCCAACUCAUCUCUGAACCUACAAGACCUAACCACCUAAACCCCUCCAAGUCAACUACUAUAGACUUCAUUUUUUCUAAUAGACCUGAUAAAAUUACUGCAUCUGGGGUCUUUGACCCAGGGGUCAGUGAUAACCAGUGUUGGGAAAGUUACUUUUAAAAAGUAACUAGUUACAGUUACUACACAGUAAAAAAUGGAGUGUCAUUAUUGCAGAGUAAACCUAUUUUACUCUGGAUAGAGUAGUUAUAACAAUACACAGAGUAAAAUCGUCCAAACAGUAGUGUCAAAAGUGAGAGUUAAGUCCAACAUGCACGCAAUGACAAAAUCUACUCUACAUGGUGAUGAUUCCCCGCGAAAGUUCUAGAAUUGAACUGGAGCUUGAGCUGGCCGGGCUGGCACGUUGCUUGGAAAUCGUCUCUCCCCCACUAGACUUAUCGUCGGUGGUAAGUUUGUUUGAACAUUUGUAGGUUUUCACCAUCUAGCUAGAUAUGUUUCCACUGACGACUAACGUUUUGCAAUACAUUGACGAUGGUACUAGGCGUAUGAAGUUAAUUUAGCCAUGCAUAGACGUAGUUAGCUAAUCGUUAAGUUAGCCAUGCAUAGAUGUAGUUAGCUAACCAAUAUGCACUGACUUCAAGUUCAGAUGCAUUCGACUGCAACACCACGUCAAGAACUUAGAAGAAAUACCGUUGAUGACGAAAUUAUUUUAAAUGACACAUUUCAGGCUUUAUUUACUUAAUACAGUGCAAUGUAUGGGUUAGUGAUAAUUGAAGUUGUUCGGCCGGGUGGGUGACGUUGGGUUAGCUGCUAACGUAGCUACCAAAAUGUUAGCUGCUAGCAAGUUAGCUUGACAACGUGGUUUCUGCCCAAAUUGAAAUAAUUUGCAAGAUGUUAUGUUCUCGUGCUUAAUUUGUGCCUGUCUGAAACCAGACAUUGAGAGUAAUUUCAACAAAUUAUUGCUGAAUGGCGUCAUUAGAAAGAUAGGAGGUUAUAAUCUCAGCUAACAAGUUUAUAGCACCCUGUAAAUUAACCUAUUGUCAUAAGUCUGUGCGUGUUUAUUAGACCGUUAGCGAUUUCUAAUGACUUUGCUCUGAUUCUAGAGAAUAUUUUGAUGGGUAUUAACAGUUAUUCAACCUUCCUUAAAUUUAAAUUUAACAGAAAAUGCUGCGUGUCUCCUUUGGAGGAGUGCAGAAGUACAUCAAGCUGCCUGAACUAACAUUCGGUGAUUUCUUGAGAGAAGUGAGUCUAAAAUUUAACAUCGCUGAAGACAGACGGUUGGACAUCAAGGUUUAUGACCCGUCUAACACAGAGGUGGACUGUGAGGUUUUUGAGGAGAUCGUAAAAGGGUUCCAUGGACCUUUCCUGGUUUCAUUGGCCAAUGAAGCACCUGGUAACCCUCAGUCCACGUCAUCUCCAUGCUCUAUUGCAUCUGACGACACAGUGAUCCUCAACUUCUCGUUGUGUGACCCAGCUGAGGAGCCAGUUGCAGCCGAAGGAAGUCAACCUAAAAGGCCUUGCCGCAUCAACUACGAAGCAAAAGCUCUGAUUGAAAAAAUCUUGACGACAAAGCCUGGAGGUGACCGUAUCAUGGCGGAGUAUGCGAAAACAAAAUCAAUUUCAGAUUCAACCAGAAGACAGUUCAUCAACAUACUUACUGCAGAGAUGACGGAAACACAUGGGACAUCUCCGCCCCGGAGUGUAAAAGUGAUGUAUGCACAGGGGAUUGUCGCUCUGUUUCCAUAUCUUGAAGACCCAUAUUCACAGAAUGGCUAUGAACAUUACUACGAUCCAGAAAGUGGUUCAGGCUACCUUGCAUGGCGGUUGAAGACAAUUCAACGAAAAGCUGCUGAGGAAAGAGGUCCAGCAGUUAGUAAAUCUCUUAAAGUGGGUGGGCCAGGCUAUGGGCGUACUAGACCCUUUACUGCCGACAAAGUCCUGACUGACGAGGAAGUGGAAUGCGCUAUCGCUUUGUUGAGACACACUGCUGAUGAGGAGACCAUCCGUGAAAAGAUGAAAGUCACUUUCAUAUACCGCCACGCCAUGGUCAAUGAUGAUGACAAAUCAGCAGAGGUCUUCUCAGUAUUUCCACGGUUCCUAGACACACCAGGACUGAUAGAACAAGAUUUUAGACUGAUGUUUGGUGAGCAGACUGCCAACAAGUUCCUGGAGAGGUGGCCUACCACUUUCAAAGCAGGAGUCAUUAAGGAAAGCCAUGGACUGGUCCCCUCUACAGACCUUCUUGAUUUGAUGCGCAACGCUGAGACAACUACUGAAGUUGAAAAUGGCUGGGACAGUGACAUGUCUACCAUCAUACUGCUGCUACAUCUGCUACCACCAUCUGCACAGGGACGAAAGAGGCCAGGGAGGAUAUCAGCAUCUAAUGCAGUUGAUCACCUCAUCAAAUUCCUAAAGACGGGAACAAGCGUGCAGCAGCAUCUGGACAACAUCGCUCAAAGCAGGCAGCCCUACCUCCUUGCUCAGGGACCCAUAAAAAGCAGCAUUCACUCUUUCUUAAUUGCCAUCGACAAGCAUGCACUUCCCUGCCAAGCCACCACCUCAGUCGGAGCCCUGGAUGAGCUCUUCAAGGCCCACUAUGUGUUUGGUACAUCUUACAGUCCUGUCUUGAGCAACUUUUUCACUUUUCUGCAAACUUCCAUUUUCAACAUUGACGUGGGGAAAACUAAGGAAACGCCAAGAAUUGCAGAGUUGCGAGCAAGAAUGGUGCGUUAGGCACUCUUGAAAUUAAACAAUGAGGUGCUUUCUUUGCAGCAAUGUCCUUGGUGAAGCAAACAGUCUAGUAAAGCACCUCAAAAUAAUACAUGGACUCUGUACGGGAAGGACUCUUCAUCUUCAAUGUGGCCUAGUGGGACGCUCACGUUUUUUCAAUAGUUUUUAUGGUCUUAGGAAGCAUCUGAGUAAGUGUUAUGUGAAUGUUAUUGUUGAAGCUGAACCACCACAUUGUCAAAGUGUUCUUGAUGGUAGUAAUGUUAAUCCCACAGAAGAGCCAUGUGAGGCUGAGCUUGAGUCAGAGCCAGCAUUAACGUCAGAACAUAGUUGUGCCUCUCAUUUCAGAUUUAAAGGCAGCAGGUGUAGCCCAGUCUACUGGUAAUUCUUUUGUGACCUCUAUGGAGGAUAUUGUGCAGAAAAUUCAUGAGUAUGCAAAAAGUCAGUCAUCCAAGGUGUAUUUCGUGAUCUAAGAGAAACUGAAACAUGCAAGAAUGUGGAGAGAAUGACACCACUAUGUACGUUGUCCCAUAUUUUUAUCUCUGAGGAGUUAUCAGGAAAUAAAUGGUGCU